UCCAAGAUGGCGGAGAGUCUCCCUGAGCAUGAUCGGAUACUGCAGGAGAUCGAAAGCACCGACACGGCCUGUGUGGGACCCACCUUGAGGUCUGUAUAUGAUGACCAACCAAAUGCACAUCAGAGGUUUAUGGAAAAACUAGAUGCCUGCAUACGUAACCAUGACAGGGAGAUAGAAAAGAUGUGCAAUUUUCACCAUCAGGGCUUUGUGGAUGCUAUUACAGAACUUCUUAAAGUUAGGGCUGGUGCAGAAAAAUUAAAGGUCCAAGUUACUGAUACCAACCGAAGGCUUCAGGAUGCUGGGAAAGAGGUGAUAUCUCAAACAGAGGAAAUCAUCCGAUGUAGAAUUCAGCAACGGAAUAUUACAACAGUUGUGGAAAAACUACAGUUGUGUCUUCCAGUGCUGGAAAUGUACAGCAAACUAAAAGAACAGAUGAAAGUAAAAAGAUACUAUUCUGCUUUAAAAACAAUGGAACAGCUAGAAAAUCUGUAUCUUCCUAGAGUUAGCCAAUACCGCUUUUGCCAGAUAAUGAUAGAAAAUCUUCCAAAACUGCGUGAAGAAAUAAAAGAAAUAUCCAUGUCAGAUCUCAAGGAUUUCUUAGAGAGUAUUCGAAAGCAUUCUGACAGAAUUGGGGAAACUGCUAUGAAACAGGCACAGCAGCAGAAAACCUUUAGUACCGCUCUUCAGAAGCAGAACAACGUAAACUAUAGUCGGAAUUCGCAUCUAGGUAGAAGCAGAAUUUUGGAAUCCAAAAAUGAAAUGACAUUGAAGCGAACGUUUGAAGAAGAUGAUGAAUAUGAAGAAGAGGUUUUAACUGCUCAAGACCUUGUAGACUUUUCUCCAGUCUAUAGGUGUUUGCACAUCUACUCAGUUUUGGGUGACGGAGAAAUAUUUGAAAAUUACUAUAGAAAACAAAGAAGGAAACAAGCAAGAUUAGUUCUGCAGCCGCAAUCAAGCAUGCAUGAAACAGUAGAAGGCUAUAGAAGAUACUUCAGUCAAAUUGUAGGUUUCUUUGUAGUAGAAGACCACAUUUUACAUGUAACCCAAGGACUGGUAACUAGAACAUAUACUGAUGAAUUGUGGAACAUGGCCCUUUCCAAGAUCAUUGCUGUUCUUAGAACACAUUCAUCAUAUUGCAGCGAUCCUGACCUUGUUCUGGAACUGAAAAAUCUCAUUGUAGUAUUUGCUGAUACUUUGCAGGGGUAUGGUUUUCCUGUGAACCGACUAUUUGAUCUUUUAUUUGAGAUAAGAGACCAGUACAAUGAAACACUUCUUAAAAAGUGGUCUGGAUUGUUCAGGGAUAUUUUUGAAGCAGACAACUACAGCCCUAUUCCUGUAGCAAAUGAAGAGGAGUAUAAAAUAAUUAUAAGCAAAUUUCCUUUUCAAGAUCCAGAACUUGAUAAGCAAUCCUUUCCAAAGAAGUUUCCAAUGUCUCAGUCAGUGCCUCAGAUUUAUAUCCAGGUUAAGGAAUUUAUUUAUGCAAGCCUUAAGUUUUCAGAGUCACUUCACCGCAGCUCAACAGAAAUAGAUGAUAUGCUCAGAAAAUCUACGAAUUUGCUGCUUACAAGAACUCUAAGCAGCUGUUUACAGAACCUAAUUAAAAAACCUCAUAUAGGUUUAACAGAGCUUGUUCAAAUCAUCAUAAACACAACACACCUGGAACUAGCCUGUAAAUACCUUGAGGAUUUUAUAUCUAACAUUACAAGUAUUUCACAAGUGACUGUUCACACUGCAAGACUUUAUGGACUUUCUACAUUUAAGGAUGCAAGGCAUGCUGCAGAGGGAGAAAUAUACACAAAACUUAACCAAAAAAUAGAUGAAUUUAUUCAGAUUGCUGAUUAUGAUUGGACAAUGUCUGAAUCGGAUGGAAGAGCCAGUGGAUAUUUAAUGGACCUUAUUAACUUUUUAAGAAGCACGUUUCAAGUUUUUACUCAUUUACCUGGAAAAGUGGCCCAGACAGCUUGUAUGUCAGCCUGCCAACAUCUUUCAACAUCCUUAAUGCAGAUGCUACUGGACAGUGAAUUAAAACAAAUAAGCAUGGGAGCAAUUCAGCAGUUUAAUUUAGAUGUGAUACAGUGUGAAUUGUUUGCUGGUUCUGAGCCUGUGCCAGGAUUCCAGGGAGACACCCUGCAGUUAGCUUUCAUCGACCUCAGACAACUCCUGGACCUCUUCAUGGUGUGGGACUGGUCCACCUACCUGGCUGACUACGGGCAGGCCACCUCCAAAUACCUGCGGGUCAACCCAAGCACAGCCCUUACGCUCCUGGAGAAAAUGAAAGACUCUAGCAAAAAGAACAAUAUUUUUGCUCCCUUCAGGAAGAAUGAUCGUGACAAGCAAAAACUAAUAGAGACUGUAGUAAAGCAACUUAGGAGUUUAGUGAAUGGUAUGUCUCAGCACACAUAG